UGUGUUCAGUAGUCAUAACUUUAGUUGUGGUCAAAAGGGUUACUUUGCAUGGUUCUUAAUUAGCUCUUAUAUGUCUAUAGAUUGUAAUUAUAAAUCAUAUUUAGGCUGGAUUUAUUAUUAUUAUUAUUAUUAUUAUUUCAUAACUUUGUAUAUAUUGGAAGAGUGUUUUGUUGCGUUCUUGAAUUCCUGAAAGCCAAAUAUGGAACAAAGUAAACUCUUUUCUUUUUCUUUUUUGGUGAGUGAGUGUACAGAGUUUACUCUGUCCUAUGGUAAAAAGGAUGGAAGCUAAUUAAAUUACCUAGUGUAACAACAUGGAAAAGACUUGUCUGCAAAUGGUGUUAAUUGUAUACUUGUGUUCUGAAGCUACUUUUUAGAAGAAUUACUUCUAAUGUAAACUAGUUAAUAUUAUUCCAGGUUUAUUUCUCUCUUUUCAUAGAGUAGAUGAUAUCCAAGCUACUUCUUGUCAGCUUGGAUAUGUGACUUCUAUAUUACUUUAUCACUCAACCUUUAAAAUAACUUUUCUUAACUUCUUUCAGAAGGCUGAUUAUACAGCUUUUCUUCAGAAUGACUUCAUCAAUUUUCUAUACAAGCAAAUUGCAUACUUGAUUCUUUUUCUCAUACAAUUCAAUAAUAUGCAAAAUUAAAUUUACACAAGCAGUCUGUCAGUGAGUUUCACAUCCCAUUUCUAUGUCUGAUGUAUCAGCUCUUGUAUUCCUUGUACAUGCUUAAUAUAGUAAAAACUAUGCUGUAAUCUUAUAGUAGCUAAAAGUUAGUAUGUUAGUUCCAUAUUCAAUCAAAUUCUUCCCUAACAACAUACCUAAUAUGAUAUGGGGAUAAUUCUAUUGUUCUAGGAGGUGGGCUAAAAGUUGACUAUAUACUCCAAAAAAACUUUAAAAGGUGGCCUACAUAGGGAAAUUAUUAAUGUUGCACUUGAAAUUGCUGCUUAUCAACUAGAUGCUUUACUUCAAUCAAAAUUGGCAUGUAUGAAGAUGCAAUUAUAUGUUCCUACAACAGAAAGCAGAUGCCCUUGAUGAAGCAUAUCACCUCAGUGUUCCAAUGGAAGGUUUAAUAAUGUGAUGUUCAUCUUGUAAGGUUUUCAUAGUCUAUUUAGGGCUCAACCAAAUCCACGAUCCUCUCCUCACUUCUAUACAUCAUGUUCAGCUCCUUUCUAAUGUCUUUGAUAGCAAAGAAGAAGCCAAGAAAUCCAUGCUCUACAGUUACAAGCAUUCUUUCUCAGGUUUCUCAGCAAAGCUCAAUUCAACCCAAGCAAUCACCUUAGCUACUUUUGAAGGAGUGAUAUCAGUGUUCAAGAGCAAGACACUGCAGUUGCACACAACAAGAAGCUGGGAUUUCAUGGGUCUUACCUUGGACAAUAGUGGAGUGACUCCAUUGCAACUAGCUCAUGGUGAUGACAUAAUUGUUGGGGUCAUUGAUACAGGUGUCUCGCCAGAAUCUGUGAGUUUCCAGGACGGACCAGCUGGGCUGCGUCCCAUUCCAUCAUCCUGGAAGGGAAAAUGUGUCCCAGGAGAAAAUUUUGACCCUGCUACAGCAUGUAACCGGAAGCUAAUCGGUGCGCGCUACUACCUUAAAGGUUUUGAGGAACAAUAUGGACCAUUGAUCAACACAAGUGACAUCCCAGAAUAUCGAUCCCCUCGCGACUCCAAUGGCCAUGGGACACACACUGCUUCAACAGCAGUAGGGUCUAUAGUGAGCAAUGCAAGUUUUUUUGCUCUUGGACAAGGCAUUGCUAGGGGAGGAGCCCCUAGAGCGCGCCUAGCAGUGUACAAAGUGUGUUGGAAUGGCGGAAUUUGCAGCGAGGCAGAUAUAAUGGCGGCUUUUGAUGAUGCAUUGAGUGAUGGUGUUCAUGUGAUAUCAGUCUCAUUGGGUCAGAAGCCGCCUAUGGAUCCAUUUUUUGAAAAGGCUCAAGACAUAGGAUCAUUUCAUGCCAUGCAGAAGGGUGUCACUGUGGUGUUUUCUGCAGGCAAUUCUGGGCCAGGUCCAUCUCUUGUAGAAAAUGUUACCCCAUGGAGCCUUUGUGUUGCGGCUUCGUCAAUCGAUCGAACCUUUCCAACAGAGAUACUAUUGGAUAAUAAAAUCUCCAUCACGGGACAAAGCUUCAAUGUCAAACAAAUAAAGUCAAGACUGGUGGAUGCAGGAAAUUUUUUUAUCAAUGGGAUUUGCAAGCCUAGGAAUUGGAACCAAUCGACAUCUGCUUCAGGGAGGUACAUAAUCCUAUGCUUCUCAACAAUAGGAUUUGUAAACGUUGGUGAGGCUGAAACGGCUGCUUGGUUUGCGAAUGCGUCAGGCUUAAUCUUUGCAGGGCCAUUGACUACUCAGGAUGCCUAUGUGAGUAUUAUCCCCGUGGUGCAGGUUGACAUGAACCAAGGGACUAAACUUGGUCAAUAUCUUACUGAAUAUAUCAGGACAAAUCAUAGGUACCCCUCGGUGCAGAUAUCAGCAAGUAGCACGGCCAUUAACAAGUCACCGGCUCCAAUAGUUGCACCAUUUUCUUCUAGAGGGCCAAGCACCCUUUCACCUGAAAUCCUCAAGCCGGACAUAAGUGCUCCAGGAGUCAAUAUAUUAGCAGCAUGGCCUCAGCAAACUCCUCCCACUGGGAUAAUACCAGAUGAUACUCGCACUGUGAACUGGACCUUUCUAUCAGGGACAUCAAUGUCAUGCCCUCAUGUAUCAGGAGCAGUUGCCCUCCUCAAAUCAGUACACCCACACUGGUCACCAGCAGCCAUUAAAUCUGCUCUCAUGACUACAGCUUACACUAGGGACACAACCCAUGACAGCAUUCUAGCUGGUGGAACAAUGGAAAUUGCUGAUCCCUUCGACAUAGGUGCCGGUCACAUUAAUCCCUCGAAAGCAAUGGACCCCGGGCUAGUUUACGACAUGACAACAAUUGACUACAUUCUCUUCCUUUGUAACAUUGGCUACACCGAAGAUCAAAUAAAAAAAAUGGUUAUUGCCUCUUCUGGUACCGAUACAAGCUGCCCAAAAGCAUACAAAACCAGCUCAAACGUUAAUUAUCCCUCAAUCACAGUUUCUAAUCUUCGAACCACCACGACAAUUAGGAGGACUGUUCGUAAUGUUGGCAGUAAAGGGACUGCAAUUUAUUUUGCUAGUGUUACAAAGCCUAAUGGAGUGGAGGUAGUGAUAUGGCCAAGGAUUCUAAUAUUCACAUAUUUCAAGGAAGAAAUCACAUACUAUGUGACUCUGAAACCAGAGAAGAUUUCUGAAGGGAGGUAUGAUUUUGGUGAGAUUGUUUGGUCAGAUGGCUUCCAUUAUGUUAGGAGUCCAUUGGUUGUAUCUGUGAACAUUACUGAGGAUGGUACUAGUGAUUACAUUGCUCAUGCUAGCGUUUAGGAUCGUUUGUUUACUAUUGACUUUUGUUGUAAUAAAUACUCAUUAUCUUAAUAAAAUCCUUAUGAGUGAUUAAGGGAAAAA